AACGAGAGACUUAGUAUGGCGGCGGACGGCGUACGCAACGUUUCGUAGGAUUGCGUAAUAGUUCGACAGUGCAGUGAAUAUCCACGCAGACGUGCACUCGUAACAUCAUCCUCGAGCUAAUCCACCGUCAACUCAAGACCCAAAUAAAAAGAAAGAAGACGCAAAGAACAGGAGGCAAAACAAGAGUUUUUCAGUAGUUUCGGUACGCGUCAAGUUUGUAACAUGAAUAUGUCGACGAGUCAUCACGAGUCUCGCUAGUGAGAAUAAGGAUGCUUUUGGUGAUUACAAAAUCCCGGUAACGAACGGUGAACAGUCGUCGACGACGACGUCGUCAUCAUCGUCGUCCGGCGCAAGUGAACGUAAAAUGUCGACAAUUAAAACAACGAGUACAGCGAGCGCUGGUGCACCACGCUUUUUCCCUGUACUCAGUGCCCUCAAGUACGAGCACUUUGUCGCCGGUAUAUCGGGUGGCGUUGUGUCCACCCUUAUGCUGCAUCCUCUCGAUCUCAUCAAAAUUCGAUUCGCAGUCAACGAUGGCCUCACGACGACAGCACCGAAAUACACGGGCCUCAGAAAUGCCAUGACUGAAAUCAUCAAAGUUGAAGGACUGCGGGGACUUUACAGGGGUGUCAUACCAAACGUACUGGGCUCAGGAUGCUCGUGGGGUCUUUAUUUCUAUUUUUAUAACUACAUAAAAACAUCGGUGCAAGGUGGAAAUGCAAAAAAACCACUGGGACCAACGCUGCACAUGGUUUGUGCAGCGAAUGCCGGUGUCCUGACGCUCUUAUUGACCAAUCCAAUUUGGGUCGUGAAAACUAGACUGUGUUUGCAAUACAAAGACGACGUUCACCUCGCGGAAUCAAAGAGGUACAGCGGUCUGACAGAUGCACUGAAAAAAAUCUACAAAACCGAAGGUGUCAGAGGCUUGUACAAAGGCUUAGUUCCUGGAAUGUUUGGUGUUUCUCACGGAGCUAUACAGUUCAUGACGUACGAGGAGAUGAAGAACAAGUAUAAUGAAUAUCGGUUAUUGCCCAUUGACACUAAAAUGGGCACAUCGGAAUAUAUUGUUUUCGCGGCGAUAUCAAAACUGAUAGCGGCAGCAUCGACGUAUCCGUAUCAGGUGGUGAGAGCACGAUUGCAAGAUCAUCACCACGAUUAUCGAGGGACGUGGCACUGCAUACAGUUGACAUGGAGGGGUGAAGGCGCGAUCGGAUUUUACAAGGGUUUGAGUGUCAACUUGUCGAGAGUCGUACCGGCAACAGUCAUUACGUUCGUAACGUACGAGCACGUGUCCCACGCACUCCUGGCAAUCAAGAAAAUCCCAGACGCCGAAGAAAUUAAAGCCACGAGUCCGAUUCCUGUGAAAACUGUGAAACUGUGAAACGGAAUUAUUCCUUAGCACAUUUUGCCGUUGAUGGAUGUUGUGCUUUCCCAUCGUUAGCUUUUGUGUGCUCUGUCGAUUCAAGAUUGACCGACGAAAUAAUCAGCACAACUUAGAAACAACCAUUGCGACGUUUCGUUCUUCGUUCGUCAAGAAAAAGUGAACGAAUAUCUGAACAGAAGGGAAUGACAAUUCAAGACUUGAUCGCUUGCAUUUUUUAAAAAUAAGUUUCUCCAAACGAAGGAGCACCAAAAAAAUAUUGAAACAACUCUUCCGACUAAAUUUUCACUCGGAAACUUCAAAUCGAUAAAUUCUUGCAAUGUUACUGAUGCUUUUGAAAAAUAAUGAAAAACGAAUCGAAAGAUGACAGAUUCCAUUCGUUCUUUUUCCUAGUUCAGGUGGACAUGCGAAUCGAUUUUGAAAUAAAUUUCAAUCGAAUACGAGCUCACUCAACUUGAAACGUGCAAGAGGAAUUUGUUCCACCGACGUGUGAAAGCUCCCCUUAAGUAUUCCGUGAAAUUUCUUCGCCUAGAGUCAAAACUCAUUUGCUCACUGGAACAUUGUUCUAAAUGCAAAUAUCAAUGUACUUACGCACUUUCCACAAAAGGUUCGCCAAAGUAGAGACUAUAAUUGUAUGAAUGUCAUUUGUUUUUGCGUUCUCGCUCACAGUACGUUUUCAUGAAUGUUGAUGAUUUACUCCCAUCUUGAAACGGCUCAGGAAAAACGCGUUUUUCCCCAGUGCUGAAAAAUCGUAUGAAAAAAGUCGAUUUUUCAAGAUAUAAAAAAGUAAAAAAUAAAGAAUUAUGAAUAUCUUUCUAAUGAUCGAAGUUGAUGGGGAUUCUGAGCGAUUUUCUAAAAGAUUUUCUAAAGAUUAAAAGAUUUAUUGUUCUCGAUAUUCCUUCCACAAUUUCAUUAUUUUUUUUCUUCGUCAACGUUUUAGUUAAAGAAGCAAAUAAUUUAGCGCCUCAUCCAUUAAAAUGAUAAACGCACGACACGCCUAUGUGCGUCUUCGGUAAAUUCUCAAUCCUCCAAAUCGACCUUACCGCAACAUUUCCUUUUUUUCGAUGUCUCAGCGCUUUAUUAUUAUUGCCCACGAGGAAAAAAUUCACAUCUCGAUGUAAUUAGCACGUAAGAUUGUUAGAAGAGUGGUAGAUCGCAGCGCUGUACCCGAUCGUGCGACACGCGUUAGAAUUGUAGCAAUAGUAAAAAAUAAAAAAAAAAAACAAAAAAAUAAAAAACGUAAAAACUGAGACAAUCGACGAUCGUAUUUCAUUCGAUCCUGCGUGCUGUGAAAGCACUAUGAUUUUGACACGAAACAAAUGAAUCUCCUUACCGUGGGAAAUCGUGGCCGUGAACGACUCUUCAUUUCUCGUUUACAAUGUCAAAUUUCUUAAUUAAACCGAACUUUUCCAGCAAUUAUUCAUGAACUUUCAUUAACUUCUGCAGUUACAAAUUUUCAAGUGUUUUUCACAAUUUAACCAACAGUAAAAAGUGGUUUUAUUAGCUGAAAGAAAUAAACUCGAGAAUAAUCACCCAAUUUUCGACGAGACAAUCGAUAACGAAUGUUCAAGGUUUUCAGUCAAUGUUUCCGGUGAGAAAAUUCAAGGAAGCUCAACGAAAAAGUCUGGACAUUUUUGACAUUUGAAGAAAAGUGAGUUCGAUGAUAUUUUCAUUAGUUUGACUCUAAAAAAAUAAUUUCAAUAUCGCGUAUCAACGGCGUUUGUACAAAUUGGAAACGUCAAAACUUUAUCAGAUUUUUCCGAAUGCAAUGACGUAAGUGGCAAGAAUCUUCUUAAAUUGCAAUUUUCAUUCAAACUUUGCCAAAUGAGAAAAAAAAUAAAACCGAUCAGUUAUGUAAA